AUGAAUCCGGCUGCCUUCAACUGCUGCUGCCUCUUGAUCCUCACCACCCUGAGCCUUGGCAGUGCUAUCGACUGUUUCAAGUGCGUUUCGAUCGGCCGUGACAACGAGGCUUGCGACGACCCUUUCCACAACAACGGCAGCCUCGAGUUCCUCCAGUCACCUUGUCUCGGAGGUCGCAAGGGUCGCGACGGACUUUUCCCCGCCACCGCCUGCAUCAAACUCGCUGGCGUCUACGCCGAUACUGGUGUUUCGUUGACGGUGCGUAGCUGUGCCUUAGACAGUGGAACAUUAACGACGGAUUCCGAAUUAAUAAGAAUGUCCCACUGCGGUGGAUUUUACUUUGAAAACAGGUAUCUGCGUGGCUGCGUGCAAUCAUGCAGCGACGCCGACGCUUGUAAUGCAUCCCGAGGUCGUGGAGCCUCGGGACUCCUACUGCUUGCCGCCGUCGCCGUCGGCCGCGAGAUGACACGGAGAUGCCUUCGAAUGUGCGCUUAGGGCGACCUCAGCUGCGAUUUAAAAUCUGGACUUGGUCGUCCGUCUGGUCAGGGGAAGAUUUGAGUGAUGAAACUCACAUUGUAGAUGUGAUCGGGGAUUCUCAAUCGACGUGCCCGUGCAAGUCUGUUUGAUAAUACAAAAACACGCGCUUUAAAUUAUGUUUAAUGGAGGAAUACGCGUUUGUAUGUAAAGGCCGAACUUUCCCUCGAGAAUGUAUUGGAGAUGGUGAUGAGUAUUUGAAUAUCUUUUGUGUAAUUCGAACGUUGGUAAUUAUGUUUUUGAAUUGCAAAAAUUGCAAAAAAAUUAAACCUCUACCUGUACUUUUAUGCGUUUAUUCGUUUUGGAUUUUUGUAAAAUUAUUUGUGAUCGCUAUUGGUGUUGUAAAU